UUCUCGAUCUCGCAGGGAUUCGAACCCACAACGCUCGGAUUUGUACUAACGAUGCUCUACUAGCCUACAAUAGCUACAGAUGUAGCACUCCCAAAGAGCGCCGUUUAAUCGGGUCCUGGGAUUGCGUGACAUUGCUGUCCUCAAAGAUGGCGGACAAAGAGAAUCUAUCUGUAGUCUUACAUGGAAAAGACGAUCUCAGAAUUGAACCUCGUCCAGUAGCMCCACCAGUAAAUGGAGAGGUCCAGCUCGCCAUUCAAACAGUAGGCAUAUGUGGUACAGAUAUUCAUUUCUGGAAGCAUGGCGAGGCUGGCGGGGAUGUUCCUAACGCACCUGUUGUCUUGGGACACGAGUCUAGUGGAGUUGUAACAGCACUGGGUGAAGGUGUAACACACCUUCAAAUUGGUGACCGGGUAACCAUCGAGCCUAUUGUACCAUGUCAUACGUGUCAAGAUUGUAAGGAAGGUCGUUAUAAUCUCUGUAAGAAGUUGAGAUACUUUGCUGUUCCACCUUACCAAGGAUCUYUGUGCCGAAGAUUGAAUUACAGCGCACAUUAUUGYUAUAAGAUUCCAGAUCACGUGAGUUUUGAGGAAGCAGCUUUGAUGGAACCUUUGUCAGUCGCCAUUCAUGGGUGUCGACGAGCUGGUGUCACCAUGGCUGAUUAUGUUCUCAUCUGCGGUGCAGGUGCAAUAGGAUUGAUGACGUUGUUAACAGCAAGAGCAUGUGGUGCAGCCAAGGUCGCCAUUACCGAUAUCAAUGAAAGCCGUCUUGCUAAAGCCAAGGAGCUCGGUGCUGAUUAUAUCAUCAAAGUAGAAAGCAAAGAUGGUAAAGAAGUUGCUAAGAAGGUCAUAGAAGUGAUGGGGAGUGUYGACAAGACUGUUGAAUGUACUGGUGUAGAGUCGAGUAUACAUGCAGCUUUAUAUGCUACUAAGACGGGUGGUACUGUGUCAAUCAUUGGAMUUGGCGAGAACGUCAUUCAGAUUCCUAUAGUGGAAGCUAUAAUGCGAGAAAUCGAUGUCAAAGGAGUGUUUGGUUACAGAAACUGGUAGGUAUUGCUUGGAAGUGCAU